GAUAAAGUGAUGACGAGAUUCUCGUUACGAGACGGCCGAGACGCGUAGUUAGUACGCGAUUGCGUACUUUUUUUUUUUAUUUAAUAUUUAUCGCUUAAUUGUAACGAUGAUUUGAAUAAACUUUGAUCUCCGAGUUUGAAACAAAACGGUAAUUACCGGUCGCCGGCAUUAUCUAUCGUCAUGUGUAUAUAUAUAUAUUUAUGUGUGUGUUCGUAAAUAUUAUUUCAAAUGUCCGAGACACGGUAUUUCACAGAAAUCGUAUUCGUACGGGGACUGGAUGUGGUUUGAAACAAGUGAAAUAAUAAUUGUCAUUCUAUUAAUCAACUUGCAACAACAAUGGCGAAAGCCAUAAUGAACGACGAAUGGAGAACUUUGUAUUUGGCUCGAGCACUAUAUGAUGCAGUCGAGGAUUGUAAUAUUCAGCAAGUCAAUACUUUGUUAUCUCAGAAUAAAGCCAAUCCUAAUAUCCUGAUUCCGGAAGAAGGGAUGACAGCAUUUCAUUUAGCUGCAGGGCAUGAAAACUUGGCAUUCGGAAAAGUAGCGACCUCAUUAUUUUUACAUAAUGGUGGUGAUCCUAAUGUACUUUGUGAAGGAAAUCGCACAGUUCUUCAUAUUGCUGUUGCAUGGAAUCGUUCACAGGUUGUUGGAAUUUUGCUCAAAAGUCCUUACAUUAUACCCAAUCCGUACAUAAAAGAUGAAGACAAUCUCAAUGUAUUUAAUUAUGCUGUGAAAUUUAGUGCAUGGGAAUCACUUGCAACUCUCCAAUCUUAUAUGAAACGUUCAAACUACACGAGUAAUUUAAAGAAACAAAUCUUCAAUAUAAUGCAAUCAAAACAUAUUAAAGAAGAAUAUAAUCCUACAAAAGCACAGAAUACUGAAACAUCGAUUGGUGCUGAAUCAACAAUUGAUAAGUCUAAUAAACUACAUACAAGCAGUGGAUAUCUUAAUAGUGGUGAAAGUCUAAAUAGCAUUUCCAAAUCGACAACAUUUGAUUCAGUUAGUCAAAAAAAUAAUAAUAUCGAUGAAUGCAUAUUAACUUCAACAGCUUAUUCUUUUGACGAUAUUUUAAAUAAAAAUGUUUCAUCAGACCAUCAUUUUACUCGAUUACACAAAAAUGGCAUUCCAUCAAAAAUGUAUUAUGACGGAUCUAUGUUGAGUUCGAUCAAAUGUGUAUCAGAUGAAUUUGAAAGCAUAGAAAACAUUAGUUUUCCAUCUAGUAAUUUACUUAGCGAUUCUGAAUUAUUUGAACUUGGUGAUGUUGAAUUAGAAGAAAAAAAUAUUUUUAGCCAGACAGAAAGUUCAUCUUUUAGUGACAGCGACUUGAUGUCAGAUAUAUCUGGAUUAUCUAGUUGUUUGAGUUCUGAUGAUUUUUAUACAUGUCCAGAUACAAAUUCUGAACGACUAAUUCUUAAUAGUGUUACUUGUAAUACUGACAUUGAAUUAGAAGAUAUUACAAAAAGCUUAUCAAUGACAAGUGUUUAUGAUUCAAUAAGUAACUCAAUUUCCAAAACAUCAGCUGGAUUAAAUAAUCUAGAAGUUUCAAAUAUUAUUAAUUCUUUAGAUGAGUGCAGCAGCAGUUUAAUUGAAAUUUCAGAUUGUGAUACAGAUUAUGUCCGUGAAAGUCUUAGGGAGUAUGGCUAUCCUCCAGGACCAAUAGUACCUAGUACAAAACGAGUUUACGUAAGAAAACUUAAUCAAAUAUUACACAGGGAAACAGAACAGAAGCAUGAUGAUAAGCCUAUUAAUAAUUCAUCUGGUUCAUAUAGUAUGCAGUUAACUAAAGUUUUAACUCAUGAUAAGUAUGAUUCAUGGAAAAAAACUAUAAAAAGUUGGAGUGUUCUGGAAGAUACCAUUGUUUGCGCUAAGAGUGGUUCUUCAUUUACAUAUUUAUUAUUAGAUCCACGUAUUACAAACAAUCUACCUGCUCGAGCUGAUCAAAUGAAUAAUCCUAUUGAAAUAUGGCAGACAUUUAUUAAAUCAAUAUUUUACAUUGGUAAAGGCACCAAGUCUAGACCCAACGAUCAUAUGAAUGAAGCAUUUAAAUUUUGGGUCGAAAACCAAAAUCAAGAUAAAAGCCGCAAAACAGAAUAUAUUUUGAGCCUAUGGAAGGAAAAAUUGGGAGUGGUUUGUGUACAAGCAUUCCACCAUUUGAUGUUAAAAGAAGCACAUAUUCGAGAGGCAGCUAUGAUUGAUGCUAUUGGAUUGGAGAAACUUACAAACGAGAAGCGUGGCACAUACUAUGAUAACACAACUCGAUGGUUGAAUAGUGAUCGAUGUAAACUAGGUUGUCAUCUUUUGUACCGUGCCAUGCUUGUGUUUUUAGCUGAUGGCGAACGCCAACUGCGACCAGCUGAUUUGACUUAAUUGUUGACAUACUAUUUUUACUAUAGUAUAUUUUCAGUUUUUUUUAAAAAUAAUGACUAUGAUUUGAUAUCUAGAUUUUUUUUUAAAUAUUAGUUGUAUAGAAAUUUGUAUUUCUGAAUCUUAUACUUUUUAUUGAUGUAUUUUUGUACCAUAAUAAUAUUAUAACAAUUAUAUUUUAUACUUUUAUUUAAUUAACAAUUGAUAUUGUGAUAACUUAGUGUCUACAAACACUUAUAAUUUAAUUAAAUUAUACUUCUGUAUUUUUUUUUAUUACAAUACUGCAUUUUUAUUAUGAAACUUAAGUUUUGUAAAAUAAAAACAUUUUUACUUGAA